UGCCUGAAACAGUAGUCCGCCGUAUUCACUUGCUAACGCAAGAUGUUCCGUUUCGUGAUUUUGGCAAUAGCUGCUCUAGCUUUUGCUCAUCAAGCAAUUGCUGAUGUAAACGACUUUCCAAAUGUGCCACGUUUUGAGGAUAUUGAACCAUUUGAGGAUGAGUACAUUGGAUAUCGAUUGCCGAAUGAUACGCGCCCCGAAACGUACGACGUACAAUUGAGAACCUGGGUGCAUGAGGAAAAUUUUGAAUUCACUGGAGAAGUUAAUAUUGGCAUCAUCACCGUCACCGAAACGAAUGCCAUUACAUUGCACACUCGUCAAUUGAACAUCGUUCAAAUUCGACUAUUCACCACCGGUGGUGGCCCCAUUCCGGGAUUAAUCUCUAUUGGACCAUACACAUACAACAGCACGUACGAAUUCAUGAGAAUUCCAAUCAAUUCCGUUCUACCAGCAAACACCAGAUACAAUCUGGAGAUCAGAUAUAGUGGAACGUUGAGAACAAACCAGGGUGGUUUCUACAGGUCAUCAUAUUUGAAUAAUGCCGGACAACGGAUCUGGUUGGCGACGACACAGUUUGAAUCAACCGAUGCACGUCAUGGUUUCCCGUGCUACGACGAGCCCCGACUGAAGGCCAAUUUUACCAUUCACAUGACACAUGACCCAUCGUACUCAGCCAUAUCGAACAUGCCGGAAUCAGGACAAGUCGUCAAUGAUGAUGGGUCAGUUACGACAUCUUUCGAAACCACUCCACCAACUUCCACCUAUCUGAUAGCAUUUAUUGUGUCCGAUUUUGAGUAUCUUGAAAGUGCUGACCUCAGUCGACGGGUACAUCAGCGCGUCUUUUCUCGUUCAAAUGCCGUGCAUCUUAACGAGCUGGUACUCGAAGCCGGCGAAGAGAUUUUGGAUGAAUUGGAAGACUAUAUAGGCGUUGAUUAUUCAUUGCCGAAAAUGGAUCAGGCAGCCAUUCCAGAUUUUUCGGCUGGUGCCAUGGAAAAUUGGGGUCUAGUUACAUAUCGCGAAUCGUAUUUCUUCUUUGAUACGAAUUCAUCGACCUAUACGACAAAGACGGGCAUUGUGACGGUCGUUGCACAUGAAUAUGGCCAUCAAUGGUUCGGAAAUUUGGUAUCGCCACGAUGGUGGACAUAUAUCUGGUUGAAUGAAGGUUUUGCUACGCUGAUGGAACACAUUGGAACCGACUUGGCCUAUCCCGAUUUCCAAAUUAUGGACUAUUUCGUUAUCAGAACACUCCAGAGUGUCCUCCAAUCAGACGCCUCUCCGACAAUACGACCCAUGACCUACUACGUAGAAAGUCCUCAAGCAAUUUCUGGAUUGUUUUCAAACAUUGCAUACGCCAAAUCUGGAAGUGUACUGCGAAUGUGGCUUCACGCCUUCACCGAAGCCACUUUCAUGAAGGGCGUCAGAUACUACUUGGAUGCGAGAGCAUACGAUGAUGCAGCCGAAGAAGAUUUGUUCGAAGGCCUCGAAGAGGCUAUUUUCGAGGACGAUAUCCUACCGCCAGAAUUUGACAUUUUCGCCAUGUUAUAUUCGUGGACCAGACAACCAGGAUUCCCCCUUGUCACCGUUGAACGCGUUUAUGGAACUAAUGAAGUUGUAUUCUCGCAACAACGUUACCUAACGACUCCAACCACUCCACCAUCAGACAAUUUAUAUUGGAUUCCUUUAACCUUCUCCAUGACUAACUCCGCCAAUUUCUCCGACACACGUGCGCGUACGUGGAUGGGAGUUCAGAAUGUUUCGAUAAUAUUCGCUACGCUGACCGAUGAUGAUUGGUUGAUCGUUAACAAUCAACAAGCUGGAUACUACAGAGUUCAGUACGAUCAAAGAAAUUACGAUUUGCUUGCCGAUGCGUUGUUCGCAAAUAUUUCAUUGUUCCCCGACACAAAUCGAGCCCAAUUGCUUGACGAUAUUUACAAUUUUGCCAGAACGAAUAGACAAAGCUAUGCCACAGCAUUGAACGUUGCUCGUUUCCUAGAAUUCGACACUUCGUACAUUCCAUGGUAUCCUGCGAUCACAAUGUUCACCGCAAUCGACAAUAACUUCCAAGGCCAUGAAAGUUAUCCCCGCUUCAGGGAAUACGUUCGUCAACUCAUUGAAGCUUUGUACGAUGAAGUUGGAAUCUUGGACGACGCAGACGAGGCUCACAUUAGAAAGUAUGCCCGAACCAUUGCUAUCAACUGGGCUUGCCGUAUGGGAUCUGUCCAUUGUCAAAGCGAUGCUAAUCGUCAGUUAAGACGGUUGAUUGAAGAUGGUAUUCCGUUCCAUCAAAACGUACGAGAUUUGACUUACUGUGCAGCCAUGCGAGGCAGCAGUCGCCAAAGUGAUUUCGAUUUCCUUUUGAAUCGUAUCGUCACAGGCGACGCUUCGCGUAAUGCAAUCUUCACAGCGUUGGGUUGUACCGCAUCCACUCGAUUGUUGUCCGAGUAUAUUGAUCUAACGUUGCCAAUGACUAGUGAGGGACGUGAUGUUCAAUUCAACACAACCGCUGAUCAGCAACGCGUUUUCAACGCCGUGUACCAAGGUUCCGUCCAAGGUCAUCAAAUUGCGUUCAGAUAUUUACAAUCGAACAUCGAAAAUAUUUUCGCUCAUUUCGGUGGUCAAGCCACUUACAAUUUCCUUAACAGCAUUGCAUCUAGAGUUGGAAAUGAUGGAACACGUCAAGAGUUCACCACGCUAGCUAACUUGGCUCUGACACGAUCGUUUAUUACCCAAGCUCAAUUCAACACUAUCAAUACAGCCCUACAAAACAUUGUCAAUUGGCAGGAGUCAUAUGGAGCGACAAUCAGUGAAUGGUUAAUUGAAAACAAUUUUUAAAUGUUUACAAAGGCUAUUAUAGGCUAUAGUAAUUGCUCCAAUAAAACCAAAUAAUUAUAAGC